CGGGCGGUUCGCUGGGCCGUGACGGCGGAGGGAGAUGCGAGCGACCUGAGGCGGAGGAGGCGCGGAACCAGGUUGGGAUGCUUUGUCGCGUCUCCCAUCCUGUGACAGCCCAAGGCCAUCAGUGGAGAAUUGUGGACGUGUGCGCUUUUCUCGUUUUUUUUCGGGCCUUCGUCGGUAGUUGAAACCACUGGCCACUCGUUUCAACAUUCUGUUCGUCGGAAUGAUGGAUUUCCUUUUGGAGCGGCAUGCUGGAAUGUUUAAGGAAGAAAUGUUGUUUUUAGGAGAAAUGAAUAGAAAUAACCAAUUUUGAGGAAGCCAUGGCAAAAUCAAAUACAAAACACAGAGUUUGUUCUCGGCAGUCUUCAGUAUCUUCUCUGUUAAGCUGCAGCCUGAGUGGCAGUAAUUCCUCUAACUCUGGCUCUUUUCGGUAUAAGGAUAAACUGUACAGUUCUGCGUCUCAGGCUCUACAGGCCUAUAUUGAUGAUUUUGAUCUCAGCCAAAUGUGUCUUGGUGCAAGCACUGAAAAGAUUAACAUCGAUAAAUGUUCUACCAAUAUGCCGGAAUUCUCCAGCUACAUUUGUAAACCAAACAAUGCUUUUGAAAAUCUUGAUGACAGAAGACAUUUAUCCUUAUCCUGUAGUGGACAGACUCUUAAUGACAUAGACUCCAUUAGUCUAACAACUGAUGAUCUAUUAAAGCUUCCAGCAGAUGGUGCAUUUUCUUUCGCUUAUUUUGGAUCAGGUCACAGAAGUAGCAAGAAAAACAGGAAACACAUUGGAAGACUGAGUUCAUCUGACAGAGAAAAGAAUCAGAAUUUUCAAGAACCAGCUGCUCUCCAGGGCAAGGGUAACUUAGAUACCCCAGUUGUGUACACAAAUAUAAAAGGAAGGCAAUGUGGUAGGCUGAAAAACCCAAAACUCAUGAAUAAGGCUAAUAAAAGCGUUUCUGUACCAUCUUUAUGUUUUUCCAAAAAAUUAUCUUUUAGGGACAGUUCAGAACACAAUCUUGAAAAGAAUUACCCAAGAUGGCUCACUAGCCAGAAGUCUGACCUUAAUAUUUCAGGGAUAACUAGUAUACCGGACUUCAAGUACCCAGUUUGGCUCAACAAUCAAGACUUGUUACCUGAUACAGAUAGUCAAAGAAUAUACCAAAUGUUUAAAGAAGAUCAAUGUUCUCCUCGGCAUAGUUACCAGGCACAAAGAACUUCUCGGCUAAUGAAUAAAUUAGGUUGUUUUGAAUAUUCUUUUGAACCUUCAAACAUUUCACAUUCCUUGACUGAGGAUAAAGGAUUACUGAAUGAAUAUAAAUGUGGUCCUGAACCUAGCCAGUGUCUGUGUGAGAACCCGCUUCUUCCAGGAUCCAAAAAGCCAUUCAGUGGUGACAAAAUUGAAUUGCUUAUCCUGAAGGCCAAGAGAAAUCUAGAGCAUUGUACUGAAGAGUUACCAAAGUCUAUGAAAAAGGAUGACAGUCCUUGUUCAUUAGAUAAACUUGAAGCGGAAAGAUCAUGGGAAAAUAUUCCUGUUACCUUCAAAUCUCCUGUUCCUGUUAACACUGAUGAUAGUCCUCAACAAAUUCCAAAGACAAAGUAUGCUAAUGAAUUCCUUGAAGAUUUUUUAAAUGAUGAUAAUCAGAGCUGUACCCUUUCUGGAGGGAAACAUCAUGGACCUGUUGAAGCCCUGAAGCAAAUGUUGUUUAAUCUUCAGGCAGUGCAAGAAAGUUUCAAUCAGAAUAAAACUGCAGAGCCAAAAGGAGAAAUUAAACAAAUCUCAGAAGAUGAUCUCUCUAAAUUACAGUUGAAGGAAAGUAUGGCUCCUAUUACUAGGUCACUUCAAAAGGUUUAAUGAGAUAACAGUGGACACUUAAAAUAUAAUAGAUGUGAAUGGCCUGGAGAAAUUUUCUUUUUCCCUUCUGAGUAAUAUCAGCAAUUUGAGAGAGCAGUGAUAUGGAUAUUCUGGAAGGACAGCUUGUGCUUGAGAUGUGUUGUCGUGUGUUCUCUCUAGAAGAGGUAAAUAAUUGUAUCAUUGUUUGAUAUAUCUCCACAGAAAUCUAAAGUGAAUAUAAUGCCCUGGAUGUAAAGAUAGGUCCAAAUGUCCUAAGGUGUUAAUUUACUUUUUUUCUUAGUUACAUUAUCUUAAAAGUUGGAAAGAAUGCAGUUCUUUCUUAUAGUCAUGAUAUUGGUGGAAGAGAAGGUUAUAUUUUAUAGAUUUGGUUGUGUGAAUAUGAAGUGCCCUCAAAAAGAUGGAAUAGGCAGUUUAGUAAAUGCUAAGAUUAAAAUUUUUUACUUUGUAACAUUAUUUUGCUUGGCUGUAAGUGGGCUAGACAAAUACUGACUACCAUUUGUCCUUUCAGAAUUGCUUAGGAUUCUCUUAUGUAAGGAAGCAGUGGAAAAGUGAAAUCCUAGACAUGUAAAUUUAUAAUUGUCAUGAGAAAGAUAUGUAUAUCAUUUUUGUUUUCAUACUUUAAAAAAUAUGUAUGAAUUUCUGCCUCUAUUCUAGGUAGAAAUAACGCCUCUUUCUUUGUUGCUUGUCAUAGUCUUGGCUAUAACGUUUCAUAUCUAAUAGGGUUCAGUGAGUAGUGAUACUAAUAACUAACCUUUAUUGAACAUUUACCAAGUAUCAGUAUUCUUAGUGCUUUUGUAUGUAAUUCAUGUGAUUUUUACAACCCUGUGAGGUAAGUACUAUUUGCUUCAUAAUACAGAUCAAGUAAUAAAGUAACUUGCUCAAGGCUGCCUGGCUAGUAAAACAGCACUGGAAUUCAAACCAGACAGAUUCUACAGUCUGUGUUCCUAAUACUACUCUCAUUAAUGAUAGUGGUGCAUUAUCCUUUUAGUCUCUGUGCAGUACCUCAAUUGAUUAUCUUCGAUAAAGACCUCAUUCUGCUUUAAAAUUUAAAGUAGAUGACCUCAGGCUUUCCACAGUUCUUAAAAACAUUGAUAUUGAACUUGUGUCACAAGACUUGUGUGUUUCCUGAGUUAAAGUACAUAGCCCAGAAGAUGUUUUUCUUGGUGGAAAUGAACUCUGAACCAUACGUAGUUAACCACAAAAAUUGAUACUGAUUGUACAGGUGCUUUUACCAUUUUCUGUAAUUUUUUUUAUAGUAGUAACUUUUUUCUAGCUUAGACCAUCAGUAGUUUGUCUACAGAAUGCCAGUAAGAGUCCAGUUUUGUUAGAUGGGUCUUAGCUGUUGAUUCUUCUGGAUUAGCUGAGGCAACCUUAAUUUGGCUUUUAUUUUACAUUUGAAAGUUUUAUCAGUAAGGCAUUUGUAGUAUUAUGAAGUAAGUUUAGAUUUAUGAAGAAAGCAUGUCAUUUCCCCUUUCCCCCUUAUUUUCAGUCUUAAGAUAGACUGUUUUUAGGACAGCUUAAAAUUAAUUCAGUCUCAGAAUUUCUCUUACAAGACUGCAAAAUAUCUGUUUAGGAUUAUGGUCAUCUUUUCAUACUUUAAAGGAACCCAACUUUUGCAGAAGUUAUGGUUGUAUUUUAGGUGCUUUAGUUACUUUUCUCGGGUGUUUCUCCCCAAUCCUCAAAUAACUGGAUUUUCUUUCUAACAGUUUGGAUUGCUAACCAGUUCAUUAAAAUACCUUUCAUUAACUUUAGGAAACUCCAGGAUCUUGGUAUGGGUUCUGUUUACUCCCCUGGACACUCAGUUUUCUUAGGUUCUCCUAUUAGAAAUAACAGAGAAAAAGGUUCAUUGGACCUGAAGUAUAAAUGGCUGAUACAGCUGAAGAUGUUAUUUUUUCCAGAAAGAUUUUGCUUUUAAUAGGAAUUAGUUAUAUUUGUUUUGUAUCCCUAUAAUACUUAGUUUUGUCUUAUGUAUUUGCAUAUUAAAAUUAUCAUCUUUAAGCAAAUGAAAGAAUUGGUUUUUGAGCCAGUACCUUUUUGGGGAUGUUUUAUUAUGUCGAAUAAGCUUAGGCUGUUUAUAAAAAAUGAGCAGUUGCAUGUUGUUCACAUACUAUAUAGGUGAGCAGUGGUGGAUGAUUGCAGAAUUAUCAGUCCUCCAAAAAUAAUUUGUUUUGGCCUCAGGACAUGUAGUUUUAUAUAUUAAUUGGAGAUAAAUGUGUAAGAAUUCUCAAUAAUAAAGGUCAUGUUGUGAAGACCAUGCUUAAUGAUAGUUGGAAAAUUGUCUUGUUUCUCAGAUCUCCUUUCCUGCCCAGUUUUCUGGUGUUCAUUCUAUACUAGGGAUAGACAGAAUUAGCUCUCAGACUUGGAAAACAUGACCCUAAAGGAAAGAUUUUUCUUUAUUCUAAUGUGCUCGUUUGUUACUUAGAUCUAGAAAAUAGUAGGCAGUUUGUCCAGAAAAGCCUUUUGUUAAGUUCUUGCUGGAUACUAGGCUGAAUAUUGGUCAGUAAACAUAGUCUUUAAGAGAACAGCCAAUAUAGUAGUACUAAUAGAAACGUAAAUGCAAGGUAGCAAUAAGUAAAUUAAAAUAUAGCUGAAUUGUUAUCAUAUAAUCAGUGUUACUGAGUUUCUGGGGAUUGAUUUGUAUGUAUUUGAAUGGUCAUUGGUAGAUACAUUGUCAAAAUAAGAAAUGAGUUUUUAAAUUUCAGUUUUUAAAGUGAAUGAUUACUCAGUGUUGUAAUAUAAUCCUUAAGUUGAUUUUUUCCCCCAUUAACCUGCUUUUUCACUUUUUGACAGAAGAAAAUCAAGAAAAAUUUCCUUCUGCAGCUUUAUCCUUCCCUUUUCCCUUUCUUACCUUUGAAAUACCAAUCACUUUUGAUAGUCUUUUCUAAGCUUUAUUCUCAAAAGAGUUAGAUGAAAGAAACUGCCAACUGAUUGUGUAACUGAGGUAGAGCGACUAAAGGUUUCAUAUUUCUACUUAGCUUUUUUAUUCCUUUCAUUACCCACCCCCCUUUCUACCUGACAUUGUGUUUUAAAGGCAUAAAAUAUACUACAUGAGAUUAGAAAGGAAACCGGUUACAGUGGAUUAAUUAUGGAAAUAUUUAAAUACAUUUCUGAUUAGUGAUAUAUGCUUCUCUAUUGCAUUUAAAAUAAGACAAUACAUUUAAAAUACAGGUAAGUUAAAAUUCAUUUUGUAGAAACGUGUAUUAUUGUGAAGGCCUUUUGCAUAACUUGAAUAAAAGCAUUAACCAGU